CAGUAGCAUUCCUGUAAGUUUUUGGUAUAUCUGCACACCAAUAAACACACGAGCAAACCUCACUUACAAAUGUUCACAGAGUGUGUAUAUAGCAUGUACAAUAUAACAUUGUGACGUUUAGAAUAACACUUUGAAACUUACAAUUGUAGUAACAGGACUGUGACGUUCUUAGUUCGGAUGACGUUAUUUCAAAAGAGUGCAUAAAAUAGGAUCGGUGAAUUAUUCUGAGACAUUUGUAAGUGUAAUGUCCUGAUUGACCUGAUGGGCAAUAAUUCUAUCUACACUAAACCAUAUUUUUAAAAAUAUGAUAUUUUGAUAUUUUUUCUGAUUAAAUAUGAGUUUUUCUUUCAUGAAUUGAUAACUUAAAAAAAAAUUUAUAUGCAUUUUAAUGCAUAAUAAUUCUUCAUUUUCAAACUCUAGGGAUAGGGGCCUCCGUGGCCGAGUGGUUAGAGUAUCGCGCUCAAAAUCACACGGCCUCUGUCGGCGCGAGUUCGUAUGCCGCUCGCGCCGGUAAGUGAGAAAGUUUCCCAGUUUACUUUUCAGGUACAUUGUAUCUGGGUUCUCUCUUCCACCAAUAGAAACUGGGCGCCACCAGAUAACUGAAAAUUCUUGAGUGUGGCAGAAAACAUCAAUCAAUCAUAACAAUCAAACUCGAGGGGUGUAAUGUUCUGAUGUGAAAGGUGAAGAUAAAGAACCGUGAUCAAUCUCAUAACUCCUAUAAGCAAUACAACAUAAAUAGUUGGACAAACACGGACCCUUGGGUACACCAGAGGUGGGAUCAGGUGCCUAGGAGGAGUAAGCAUCCCCUGUCAACCGGUCACACCCGCCCGUGAGCCCUAUAUCCUGAUCAGGUAAACGGAAUUAUCUAUAGUCAAAAUCAGUGUGCCAAGAACGGUCCAACAAUCGGUAUGAAAACCCCCAGACAGCAUUUGACCCAAUGAUAGGUUGUAUUGAUGAACUAGAUCGUUAUAACGACCAUAGAAUUUGCGAAAUGCUGACUUCAGUCGAGUCUGUUGAAACCCCUGUGCUAUCAACUUGUUUGUCAGUAGCUUUCCUCGAUUUAAAAACUGACCAUACGCAGAACACGUUGUGUAUCGAAUCAUAUGAGAGAUAUAAACACCAUAUGCAUGUGAUCAUGAAAUAUUGCUACAUAACUAUGGGAAGUUGACGAAGGAGAAGCUGAAAUCAUCCCAUUUGUCAUAAAGUUGAGUUGAGAAUUUGCCUUUAAUAUCUACUUUCAAUAAAAUAUCUAAGUAUUUUAGCAUAAUUAGUGCCCAUCGGAAUUCCAACAGACUGUUGGAAGACCUGAGCAUCAAAGACCGCGAAGAUAUUGUCAAGGAGGAACUCUAGCAUAUUCUUUAUUUCAACUUCAGUUACUGUGCGUGGAAUCAGAGUGGUGUAAUUUUUUGGAUGACUGAUCACUAGAUAUGAAUAUUUGGGUUUUCCAUUUUUGUUAAAGAAGCAACAGUCUAUAAUGUCAAAAAGUCCUGUAUUUAAGUUAUCGUGAGGAAUGGUCGUGUAAAGUGUUGAAAAGUCAUGUAAUCUAUCUUAUUCUUUUAUUACUUCUGGUUUACUAAACACAGAAGGAUGGAUGGUAAUCUAAUGCGGGAUUUUAAUACUCCUCUUAUACUUUUAAUCCAUUCUGACAAUGUAUCAAGUUUUUUUUAUAUUAAGUUGUUUAAAAAGGAACAAAUCAAGAUGAUAAUUUUGUUCACGAAUGAAUUCUGCUGGAGUAUAGAAGUGUGGGAUGCAAUGUCUACAGAUUGUUUGAAUUCUGCUGGAGUAUAGAAGUGUGGGAUGCAAUGUCUACAGAUUGUUUGAAUUCUGCUGGAGUAUAGAAGUGUGGGAUGCAAUGUCUACAGAUUGUUUUAAAUUUUUUGUGUUUUUCAUGAGAUUCUUGUCGAUAUUUUUUAGGGUUUAGAGAAAAGUAGGAUGGAAAGACGAUGUGUUUUAUCAUUCUAAAGUACUGUGACCAUGCAUAUAUCGAAAUCGGUUUGAUAAAUAAGACUUCUGAACACCUCGGUUUACAUUUUGUAGGUGAUUGUCUAAACGUUUUAGUGUAAAGUACUUGAGUUUUUGAGGUGUAUAUAAAGAACUUGGAUAAUGGAUUAUAAUAAGUUUCUUACGACAACCAGUAUUAAACGAAGGAAUAAUUUCACGCGUUUAUCAGCAGCUGAGUUUGUAGAUGCAUCCAUUAUGCAGGCAAAACCCACCCUGAUCUCCAUGGGUGGUGGACUGCCUAACCCGCAAACCUUUCCUUUGCUGGAUGCCAGUCUGAAACUCAGUGAUGGGACAACCAUUGAAGUGGAUGCCAAGUCUAUGAAAAUUGCCUUGCAAUAUCUAGGAAGCAAAGGCUUGCCACCAUUGAUUGACUUUGUUAAUGAGAUACAGUACAAAGUUCACAACCCCCCUACAUACAGAGCAGUGGACCAUCCUGGUCAGAUGGAAACAAUUUUAACUUGUGGAAGUCAGGAUGGACUAUGUAAGGUUAUUGAGUCUAUGGUAGCAGAAAAUGACAGCAUUUUAGUGGAACACCCUGCAUAUCCAGGAACUCUAGCAAUUGUCAAACCCCUUACAUCCAAUAUAAUUCCAGUGGAUUCCGAUAAUGAUGGUUUAAAUCCAUCAAGCCUUCGGCAAGCUCUGUCAAGAUGGUCCCCAUCGGAAGCCAGAAAACUUGGAUCUGGUGCCCCAAAAUGUCUGUACGUGGUCCCAAACGGUGGCAACCCCACAGGGACAGGACUAACAAUAGAAAGAAAGAAGGAAAUUUACAAAAUAUCGCAGGAGUAUGACCUCAUCAUCCUGGAAGAUGAUCCGUAUUUCUACCUACAGUUCACAAAGCCCUAUGUACCAAGUUUCCUGUCAAUGGAUUUGGACGGACGAGUGGUGAGAUGCGAUUCCUUCUCAACGCUUAUCUCAUCAGGAAUGAGGCUGGGCUUUGUCACAGGGCCACGCCCACUGUUGGAGAGGCUGGGACUUCACAUGCAGUGUUCAGUGGUGCAUGCUAGUGGAAUUGCCCAGAUGAUCCUGCUCAAAGUCUUGGAGAAGUGGGGACUAGAUGGUUUCCUCAGACAUGCAGAAAAUACUGCAGAGUUUUACAAAACUAAGAGGGAUCAAUGUUUAGCAGCUAUGGAGAAUCAUCUCUCAGGACUGGCACAGUGGUCUCUGCCGUCGGGAGGUAUGUUUGUAUGGAUAAAGCUGAAUGUGGAGGAUACAUACAAACUCAUCACCAUCAAAACCCGGGAGAAGGAUGUCCUCUUUGUCCCGGGUAAUAUCUUCAUGCUAGAUUCCACCAAACCCUGUUCCUACAUCAGGGCCUCCUAUUCCAAAUGUACAGAGGAACAGAUGAACACAGCAUUUAGCCGACUGGCGGAGGUACUUCGAGAAGGAGAGCCACAGAAAAUGUAGCGCGUGCCUGUUCAUUUGAUGUAUAAGUUGAUUCUGUUGUGUUUGAUUAAAUGUAAUACGAUAUAUUUAAUAAAAUUGACCAGGAACUUUGGUCCGUGUACAGUAAAGCAUUUCACAAGUGCCAUGUACAUAUGUAAUUGCAAAAUACAACCCAAAAAAAUCUUGUUAAAAAUUUUUGUUACCAAUUAAGGAGAAUCUUCUUCGGUGGUUUCGAUCCUUAUGUUUUCCUUGGAAAUCAAUAUGAAUGCGAAGGUUUUUAAUCAGUAGCAUUCCUGUAAGUUUUUGGUAUAUCUGCACACCAAUAAACACACGAGCAAACCUCACUUACAAAUGUUCACAGAGUGUAUAUAUAGCAUGUACAAUAUAACAUUGUGACGUUUAGAAUAACACUUUGAAACUUACAUGUACACCGUGUCACCUUUAUGUUAUCAAAAUAAGCUUAAAUUGAGAUAGUUUGCUCUGAAUAUUUAACUCGGAAUGACGUUAUUUCUCAAGAGUCCUGAUAAGCAGAGUUCAGACUGUUACUCUGCACUUAUCUCACUUCGACCUCCGCGUGAGAAAUGCUCAAAUUCUUAUGAAGUUAAGUUUCCAAUGAAGUAUUGUACUUUAAAAAUUACCAUUUAAUGGUUAUCAAGAUGUAGCUAAAACAAAUCAACCACUCUGUAUUUACAUACUGUAUUGAGUUACCUUUCUUUUCACCUGACGGACAGCUACAUGUAGCUAGUAUCAGCUUAUUAUCUCCGUCGAAGUUAAAAGGAAGCAUACUUUAUCCUGAUCACAAAUAUAUACAUUUUCAACGGUAUCAUUUUUUAAGAAAAAUAAUAUACACGUAGUUUACUAUCUCUUGAAAAAUCGCGAGCACAUUAGGUCUUCAAUGUCGGAUUACGGAGCUGGCGAUUGAACGGACUAUGUUCUUCAGUAUGCUGCAGUAGUCCGUGUCAGUAUUUUAUACAGUAGAUCCUUUUCUGCUAUUCCUAUUCAUGCAUUUAAAUGUAUACAGUAUCAGCAAACUUAGACAUAAAUACUAUAUGCUAAGUUUGACCCUAACCUGGGGGGUCAGAACCCUUACUCUGGGGAUCAUCAAAUUUACAAUUUUGGUUUUAAAAAAACUACCUGCUCUAUUCAUUUAGUUUCAAUUUAGUAUACAAUGUAAAUAGCACUAAAGAAGAGUAUCCAAGUGUUUUAGACAUAAACACUAUAUAACAAGUUUGGCCCUGCCCUGGGGUCAGAACCCCUACCCGGGGAUCAUGAAAUUUACAAUUUUGGUAAAGUCUUUCCUGCUCUAUAUCACUAUGCAUUUAGUUUUUCUUACACGUGUGCAGUUCUAGAGAAGAAGAUUUUUGAAACUUGGUCAAUUGUGGGCAGUUUUUGCCCCACCCCUAAGACCCCAGGGGUGCAGAUAUCCUGAAAUUUACAAUUUAUGUCCCCCUUGUUCCAAAUAUAUUUCAUACCAAAUUUGAAGAGAAGAAAUUUAAAAUGUCUAUUAUUUACACAUUUAAUAACUGGCCAUUUUGACUCCCCCCCCCCCACCUCUGAUACUAAAACCUCUACCCCUGGGAUCAUCAAAUUUACAAUUUUGGUGAAGGGCUACCUGUUCUUUCUAAAUAUCUAUUUACUUUCAAUUUAGUAUCAAUAGCACUAAAUAAGAUGUUAUUUAAGUGUUUUACACAUAAACAUUAUAUAACAAGUUUGGCCCCGCUCUGAGGUCAGAACCCCUACCCCGGGGAUCAUGAAAUUUACAAUUUUGAUAGAAGCCUUCCUGCUCUACAUCUCUAUGCGUUUAGAUUUUAUUUCACGUGUGUGGUACUUGAGAAGAAAAUUUUAGAAAAUUGGUAAAUUUUGGUCAGUUUUUGCCCCGUCCCUAGGGCCCCAGGGGUGCUGGAGUCCUGAAAUUUACAAUUUAUGUCCCCCUUGUCCCAAUGAUGCUUCAUACUAAAUUUGAAAAGAAUUAGAAUAGUAGUUAUCAAGAAGUUAAAAAUGUUCAAUUGUUAACGGACGACGGACGACAACCAAUUGCAAUAGGUCACCAGACUUUACUCAGGUGACCUAUAAAUGAAUUUCAUAAAUUGUCGUUAAUUUAUCGAUUUCGCGUCUUUUACAUAGUAGUUCCUAGCCUGUUUCUAGAUAUAUAAUGAUUCUUAGGAUGCCAGAAUUGGCAGUUCCAUUGCAAUUCUAGCUGCGUGGAGUUAUACUUUUUCUAACUUUUCGAUUUCUGCAGAAGAAAAUUCAUCCCAUACGACAGAAGUAUAUCCUAGUAUUGGUCUGACAAAAGUCGCAUACCAAUUAAGAUAAUUUGUUUCUACAUAAUGUGAAUCUAAGUUUCGAUAGUAAUCCUAGCUUUUUUAUACGCAUUGUUUACAAUAUCGUUGAUAUACACAGACCACUUUAAAUCAUUAGAAAAAAUGAAACCAAGAUGUUUGUUAGAGAAUUUAUUUCUCAUUGACAAUUUUUGGGGAGUUUCAUUGUGCUUUACCUUAGUUAAAAAAUAAAACCUUAGUUUUAUUAGGAUUAAAUUUCGUCUGCGUACACUCUUCUAAAUAAUAUCAUAUUUUGUGCUACAUCAUUAACAUAGAUUAAGAACAAAAGUGGCCUUAGUGCAGAUCCUUGUGGCACUCCAUUCAUGAUAGUUACACUGGAUGAUAUCAGUUAAUCAUACAUCGCUUUCUGAUAUCUAUUACACAAAAACUUUUGAACCAUUGAAUAAAAUUUCCACAUAUUCAUUAUCUUGGUAAUUUUAAAAUAAAGUCUCUUAUGCCAUACUCUGUCAAAAGCUUUAGAAAGAUCGCAAAAAAUAACAUACAACACGAUUUACCUUCAGCAACAUUCGUCACUAAGCAUACAAUUUCAAUAAGUUGAUAAACUGUAGAGUAACCAGUAAAAUUCCAGCUUGGUACAAACAUAUUGUUACUGUGAAAUAAGUAAAGACAUUUAAAAUGAUUAUUUCCAUCAUUUUACUCAAACAGCUUAAUAGUGAUGAAAUGAAAGUAAAGGAUCUUUGUUCUUAAAAAGAUGUAGUACCGUACAAGGGCCAUUUUCCAACAACUGGGGAUUUUUUUAGACAGUGAUAUAUUAAAAAUAUAUAGCCUUACAAUUUGUAAAUUUUGUAAUCUAAAUGAGUUAUAAGACGAAUUUCAUUUUAUUUUAAAAUGUCCUUUUUACAACAGUUUAAGAAUUAAAUAUAUCAAAAAAUUUAUUACAAGAAAACCAGUGUCCUCAAAUUAGUAAAGCUUCUUAGUGUAAAUAAUACAAAAGAAGUCAAUAAUUUAGGAAAGUUUCUACAACAGGCUACAAAGUUAAGAUCUUCAUGUAUUUUAUGAAAUGCUGUACUAGAAACGACACAUUAUUAACGUGUAUUGUUGUCUGUACAUGUAUAUUGAAAUGCAUUGAUUUUAUAUCCUGUCUUAUUUGUGUGAACUUGUAAAUAUUUUUUUGUAACCGAUGAGCUGUAUAGCUUAAGAAAAUAAAGAAUCUGAAAUUACA